UCUAGAGAGUUAUCGUUAGUCAAUUAUGGCCGAAGAAGGCCGUAGAGAACAGAUUAUGGAAACAGAACCGAUGCCGGCAAGUACUUCAGGUGGAGAUCAAGCAGUGGAUGAGAAUGAAGUUGAGAAGUCCAAGUCGGUGCCGUUCUUCAAACUGUUUACCUUCGCUGAUAAAACGGACCUGUGGAUGAUGAUCGUUGGGACGAUUGGAGCUAUCGGAAAUGGAUUGUCGAUGCCUAUUAUGACUAUACUCUUCGGAGAGCUCAUUAAUUCGUUUGGUCAAAAUCAAGGUGUUCAACAAGAUAUAGUUCGUGUUGUCUCCAAGGUAUCGUUGAGGUUUGUUUACUUGGCUAUUGGAGCUGGAGUUGCAGCGUUUCUUCAGGUGGCGUGUUGGGUGGUGACUGGAGAGCGACAGGCUGCGAGGAUUAGGAACCUUUAUCUGAAAGCUAUUCUGAGACAAGAUGUAACUUUCUUUGAUACAGAGACGAAUACAGGUGAAGUUGUGGGGAGAAUGUCUGGAGAUACUGUCCUCAUUCAAGAUGCCAUGGGCGAGAAGGUUGGGAAAUUCAUACAAUUAGUUUCUACGUUCUUGGGUGGUUUUGCGGUUGCAUUCAUCAAGGGUUGGCUUCUAACACUCGUCAUGUUAGCUUGCAUUCCUUUGCUUGUCCUAACAGGUGCUGCCAUGGCCAUAAUCAUUGGUAAGAUGGCAUCUAAAGGACAAACUGCAUAUGGAAAAGCUGCAACCGUGGUUGAGCAGACAAUUGGAUCAAUUAGAACGGUUGCAUCAUUCACUGGAGAGAAGCAAGCCAUAGUUAAGUACAACAAAUCCCUUCUAAAGGCCUACAAUUCUGGCAUUCAAGAAGGAUUAGCAGCUGGGCUUGGUUUAGGGUCGCUCAUGCUCAUUAUAUUCGGUAGCUAUUCUUUGGCUGUGUGGUAUGGUGCGAAAUUGAUCAUUGAGAAAGGAUAUACCGGGGGUGAUGUGCUUAAUGUCAUUAUUGCUGUCUUAACAGGUUCUAUGUCACUUGGGCAGGCAUCUCCUUGCAUCAGUGCAUUUGCAGCUGGUCAAGCUGCUGCAUACAAACUGUUUGAGACUAUAAACAGAAAGCCAGAGAUUGACCCGUAUGACCAAAGAGGGGAAAAGUUGGAUGAUAUCCGUGGUGACAUUGAGUUGAAGAAUGUACAUUUCAACUACCCUGCCAGGCCAGACGAAACCAUAUUCAGCGGAUUCUCCCUUGUCAUCCCUAAUGGCACGACCGCUGCUUUGGUUGGACAAAGCGGAAGUGGUAAAUCGACGGUGAUUAGUCUAAUAGAGAGGUUUUAUGAUCCUUUGUCCGGUGAAGUACUUAUAGACGGAAUUAAUCUCAAACAAUUUAACCUCAAAUGGAUUCGUCAAAGGAUUGGUCUUGUGAGCCAAGAACCGAUUCUGUUCACAUCCAGUAUUAAGGAUAAUAUUGGAUACGGAAAAGAAAAUGCGACAAUUGAAGAGAUUAGAGCUGCAUGUGAGUUAGCGAAUGCUGCAAAGUUCAUUGACAAAUUACCUCAGGGCUUAGACACUAUGGUCGGUGAGCAUGGAACUGCACUGUCUGGUGGACAAAAGCAAAGAAUUGCCAUAGCCAGGGCAAUUCUGAAGAACCCGCGAAUUUUACUGCUUGAUGAAGCGACGAGUGCACUUGAUGCAGAAUCUGAGAAGGUUGUGCAAGAGGCUUUGGAUAGGAUCAUGGGUAACCGGACUACUGUUAUUGUUGCCCAUCGUUUGACCACAGUGAGGAAUGCCGACAUGAUUGCAGUCAUUCAUAGAGGAAAAAUAGUCGAAAAAGGCUCACAUUCUGUUUUGCUCAAAGAUCCUGAAGGAGCAUAUUCCCAACUCAUAAAAUUGCAAGAAAUUAAUAAAAGUUCAGAAAGAGAUGUCGGUCACGACAAAUCAGAGCUCGUCCGCGCUCCCAGCAGGCAAUCAAGCAGACGAAUGUCUUUGAUACAUUCUCUAAGCCGAGGAUCAUCGAGAAGAAGUAGCAGUGGCCGUCAGUUCUCAGUCUCAUUCGGUUUUCCAGUGGGACUCAAUGUUCCCGAAACAGCAUUAACCGAAGGCGAGACCUCUGCACCUGAAUUCGAGCCCACAGUAAAGCCUCCGCCAGUCCCACUUAGCCGACUUGGUCGUCUCAACAAGCCAGAAAUCCCAGUCUUAGCAGCCGGAGCUCUAGCUGCAGUCGUCAAUGGUUCCAUUCUCCCCGUCUUUGGAUUACUAAUUUCCAGCGUGAUCAAGUCGUUUUUCGAGCCUCCAAACGAGUUAAGAAAGGAUUCUAGAUUUUGGGCACUUAUUUUUCUUGCACUUGGAUUUGCAUCAUUUAUAGCAUAUCCAGCAAGGAGUUAUCUAUUCUCUAUUGCUGGCAAUAAGUUGAUAAAGAGGAUCAGGUCAAUGUGUUUCGAGAAAGUAGUCAACAUGGAAGUAAGCUGGUUUGAUCAGCCUGAAAACUCUAGCGGAGCAAUUGGUUCUAGGCUGUCUACAGAUGCUGCGACUGUUAGAGCAUUGGUUGGGGACGCACUUGCUCAGAUUGUUCAGGAUGGUGCAUCGGCUGUUGCUGGUUUGGUCAUUGCGUUUCUAGCAAGUUGGGAGUUGGCUCUCAUCAUUCUCGGAUUGUUGCCUUUAAUUGGUAUCAGUGGAUUCAUUCAAGUGAAGUUCAUGAAAGGAUUCGCCGCUGAUGCAAAGGUUAUGUACGAGGAAGCGAGCCAAGUUGCUACGGAUGCAGUUGGAAGCAUGAGAACAGUGGCUUCUUAUUGUGCGGAGGAGAAAAUAAUGGAAAUGUACAAACAAAAAUGUGACGGUCCAAGGAAGAAUGGGAUAAGACAAGGUUUGGUUAGCGGAAUAGGUUUUGGGCUAUCUUUUACCUUGCUGUUUUGUGUCUACGCAUUAAGCUUCUAUGCUGGAGCACGUCUCGUCGAAGGUGGCCGUAUAACUUUCUCAGACGUAUUCAGAGUUUUCUUUGCACUGACAAUGGCAGCCAUGGGAAUUUCUCAGUCGAGCUCAUUGGCUCCAGAUUCCAGCAAAGCCAAGACAGCUGCCGGUUCGAUAUUUGCCAUUCUCGACAGGAAAUCGAAGAUAGACCCGAGUGAUGAGUCUGGAAUGAUCUUGGAUGAGGUGAAGGGUGAAAUCGAACUUCGCCACAUAAGCUUCAAGUACCCAACUAGACCAGAUAUCCAGAUCUUCCGCGACCUCAGCUUGACAAUUCGCAGUGGCAAGACUGUGGCUUUGGUUGGAGAAAGUGGAAGUGGAAAGUCUACUGUAAUAGCUUUAUUGGAGAGAUUCUACGACCCUGAUUCGGGUAAUAUUACACUAGACGGGGUGGACCUUCAGAGGCUACAACUGAAGUGGCUAAGGCAACAAAUGGGGUUGGUGGGUCAAGAACCCGUUCUUUUCAAUGAAACUAUUCGCGCCAACAUAACAUACGGAAAAGGAGGAGAGGAAGCAACCGAGGCAGAAAUCCUAUCAGCAUCACAAUUGGCAAAUGCCCACAAAUUCAUCAGUGGAUUAAACCAGGGUUACGACACAUGGGUCGGAGAGAGAGGAGUUCAGAUGUCUGGCGGGCAAAAACAAAGGGUGGCAAUUGCUCGUGCCAUAGUAAAGAAUCCGAAAAUACUUUUGUUGGACGAAGCGACAAGUGCCCUUGAUGCUGAGUCGGAAAGGGUGGUUCAAGAUGCAUUAGACAGGGUGAUGGUGAAUCGGACCACAGUGGUUGUAGCCCAUCGCUUGUCCACAAUAAAGAAUGCGGAUGUGAUCGCAGUGGUGAAGAACGGUGUCAUCGUGGAGAAAGGAAAACACGAAACACUUGUAAACAUUAAGGAUGGUGUCUAUGCUUCGUUGGUCGCGCUUCACAUGAGUGCCUCUUCUUAAAUUAUAAACUGUCAAUUUGUCAUAUAAUUUAUACAUAUUUAGUGUCUAUCUCUAUAGUUUGGUGUGUAAUAUUCUUUUGUAUCUUUUAUGUUCCUCUGUUUUUGUCUAGUGUUUUAAAGUACUACUUGUA